AUGGUUCACCCUAUUAACUUGGUAUCAGUCCGCUUGGAAGCACUGUGGAACUCAACCAAUUUCCUCAUCAAUUUAAUUGAAUCAGUAUCUGGAUAUGAUGAAUCAUUAUACUUUCCUACUAUUGAAACGAUAUUUGGAUUGACUGAAGAAGAAAAUGAUUUUGAAUUAUAUGAUGUUACUGAGCAGGAGGUCUAUACCAGGGUUAUUGAAAAAGUUGGCUUGUCUGCUGAAUCAGCUAGCUUUGUCAACUUCAAUUUAGUUAAUAAGAUCUACACUCCUAGAAUCGCGUCCCAUUAUGAAUAUUACACGAAUAAGGUAUUAACGCAAUUUGAAAAGAGAUUGAAUGUGGAGUGUGCACGCGAUUCUUUUGGCAACGAGGUUGAAAGAGACAGUCAUGGAAAACUUCAGACUUGGUUGCUUUACAAUAACAAGUUUUACUGUUCAGCAAGUGAUUUGUUUGCAUUGCAGACUGAUUCCACUGAGGUAGACGAUGUGCUACAAUUCGAUCGUGUGAUUGGUGAUAAUACAAAAGCACCAUUGUUGAUCCUCUACGGCAAUCCAGCAAGUCCAACAACUAAAGAAUUCUUUGUUCCUUUAUACCAUGAUGCUAAAGCAGGAAAGAUAAGAUUUUUAUGGAGGUAUACCCCCCCUCUGGGCAAUCAACUAGGUGAAUCUCUUCUGGGAUAUGGUGUUGAGUUAAGUCUCAAGAAUAAGGAUUAUCACAAAGAUGGCAAGAAGGUCAGUGCUCUUGAUUUAACCAAGGAUUUCAAGAAGGUCAACGAAUCAAAAGAAUUAUUACCUGUUCCAGAAAACAAGCUCGAUCAAAUUGGAUUAAAGUUCACAUCAUUUGUCUUGUCAAACACCAAAGACAAAUAUGAACUUUUAAGAACCAUGUUGAAUAACUUUCCCAAGUUUCUUUCUCAUGUGGCUAAUAUUCCUAAAUUGAUGAACUAUGAACAAGUGAAAGCAAAUGUUUUUGCUAAUGAAGAUCUUGGAAUUUCUCAAGAAUCAUAUGGGUUCUAUAUUAACGGAUCUCCAAUCCAUCCAUUGGAGUUAGAUAUUUUGAGCCUAAGUGCAAAACUACAAACUGAAUUGAAAAUUGUAAAGGAUUUAAUUAAGUUGGGAUUCUCCACGAUUCAGUCGAAACUAUUAAUCACAAAAUUUGCAUUGUUGUCCGCAGUGAAACAAACCCAGUUCAGGACAGGAAAUACAUUAAUGGGCAACAACGAGAAUCGAUUUCGCGUAUUUGAAAACGCAUUUUCAAAACGUACCAAAGGAGGAGUUGUUUUCUUUAAUGAUAUUGAAAAAGACGUGACUUAUGACAAUUACUCCACUGAUCGUCAAGACACAUACUUGGGGCCUAGUUCAUUCAGACUUAAACCAAAUCAGAUUCCACCACUCAAGGAAAACAUUCAUGAUUUAAUCUUCGCGUUGAAUUUCGCCAACAAGAAUCAAUUGAAAGUUUUUUUUACAUUAUCAAAGGUUAUCUUGGAUACAGGUAUUCCUCAACAAGUUGGUCUCAUACCCUUGAUUGGAGAUGAUCCUAUGGAUAAGACCAUAGCUGACGCAUUCUACUUUCUUGUCCAACAAGCUAGUUCUAAAGAAGCCCUUGCAUUUUUGUACAAAUAUCUCGAAUCAAAGAACGAAGAUGACGUCAACGAGAUUCUUAAACUCAUCCCCAAGUCACAGAAGUUGGAAUUCGAUUAUAGUACCGUAUUAAACAAAUUCUCAAUUGAUACGCCUUCGGUCAUUUUCAACGGGGUGAUUAACGAACUCUCUUCUUCGAAUUGGCAAAUCACAAUGGGUAAACAGUUAUCUCAGGACAUCAACUUGAUCAAGUCUAGAUUACGUGAAGGUGUGAGCAUGUCGUUAAAGGAGUUGAUAUACUCCAAUGCAAAGACAGAGAGGAAUUUAAGGAUUGUCCCACUCGAACCAAGUGAGAUUUUAUAUAAGCCUAUUGACAGAGAGAUCCAAGAUAAAUCAGUGGUUUUUAGAAGUAUGGAUAAGUCAGAUGAUGUCGGGUAUACUUUUUGGUUAUUUUCUAGUUUCAAUGAACAAAGAAUGGUUGAUCAGUUGGUAUCUUUGUUAGAGAUUGUGAAGAAAAGACUGGAGGAUUUACAAGUUCGUGUUGUUAAUACGGGUACGACAUUUACCUUGUUGGAGAAGUUAAGCAAGAAGUAUAAAUUGAAUAUGUUGACCAAUUCACAGAUUAAUGAGGUAAUUGAAGAGCUCAAGCAAGUUGAAAUUCCAAGAGAGGUGAGUUUGAAUACUGCUUUUGUUAAGUUCUUGGAAAAGAAGCAAAUUCCUGUUAACCAUUCGUUUAUGUUACUCAAUUCAAGGUAUUUCCGAUUGGACAAUCCAUUUACUGCUGCGGAGUUGGAGCAAAUUGUCAUAUUUGAACAUUCUCAAAGAUUAAAGCUAUUCAAUGACAUUCUUGAGACAUAUCCAGAUAAAUAUGAUAAGAAAAGAUUAGUUGAUUUCAAUAUUGGUCUUGAUCCACUGGAUUGGUUUGAUUUGGUUUGUUCGAUAGUCACUAAAUCAUUCCAUGUUGAUGAAAAGUUGUUUGUUGUUGACGUCAAUAGAUUUGAUUUUGGUACAUUAGACAUGUCUAACUCGAUAGAUAUUGGAGAGAAAGAGUCGCCAGUGGAUGUGUUGCUUAUUGUAGAUCCUGUUCUGGAAUAUUCCCAAAAAAUGGUGUCUAUACUUGAAAGUAUCCGAGACUUUCCCUUUGUUUCAAUUAGAAUCUUACUCCAGCCAAAAGUAAAUUCUGAGUUCCAUAUUGGUAGAUUUUAUCAAGGUGUUUAUCCUGCUUCUACUCCACAAUUUGAUGGUCAUGGAAACUGGAUUAGUAGAUAUGGUGCUGAAAAUGAGCUGUUGCCUAGUGAUGAAACUUUGAGUAUUGGUUUGGAUGUGCCUAAUAGAUGGCAUACAACUACCAAAUCAGUAUCCAACAAUAUUGACAUUAGCAAUGUCAAAGUCACAGAAGACUUUGGUGUCAAGUUUGAAUUGACGAGCAUAGUUCAUGAAGGAUACGCUAGAGAUAUCCAUACCGCAAUGGCACCUCUGGGAUUAGCUUUCAACUUGGAUAAGGAUAAUGUGCAUAGUGACACGUUGGUGAUGUCCACGUUGAACUAUUUUCAAAUUAGAACAACUCCGGGAAUUUGGAAAUUGAGUUUAUUUGAUAAGGAGAAAUUUGACCUCUUGUCUUGUUCAGAGAACAAGUUUGAUGCAAAUCAGGAAGCGUUACAGUUUGCUGAAAUAUUUGUGUUUAGUCUUAGAGGACUUACCCUCUAUCCAAGAGUGACUACCAAAGAUAAGUCGGUAAGCAAAGAGAAGUCGAAGAAACAAGCAGAUAUCAAUAUAUUCUCAAUUGCUGGGGGUGGGGAGUAUGAACAAUUGUUAGGAAUAAUGAUGGCAUCAGUUCGGAAACACAAUACCAAACUGGUUAAAUUCUGGUUAUUGGACAAUUACAUGUCUCCUCAAUUCAAAGCGUUAUUACCGAUUCUUGCCGACAAGUACAACUUGGAAUAUGAGUUAGUGACAUACAAAUGGCCCAAUUGGUUACGAAAACAAAAGGAGAAACACAGAAGUAUAUGGGGAUACAAGAUCUUAUUCUUGGAUGUAUUAUUCCCACAGGAUCUAGACAACGUGAUAUUUAUUGAUGCUGAUCAAAUAUGUCGUACUGAUUUAACUGAGUUGGUGAAUCUCGAUCUUGAAGGAGCACCAUAUGGAUUCACACCCAUGUGUGAUUCCCGGAAGGAGAUGGAUGGGUUUAGGUUCUGGAAACAAGGGUAUUGGUCAGAAGUAUUGAAAGACGACUUGAAGUAUCAUAUUAGUGCGUUGUUUGUGGUUGAUUUGAAGAAAUUUAGAGAAAUCAAUGCUGGUGAUAGGUUACGAUCUCAUUAUCAGAAACUAUCAUCUGAUCCUAACUCGUUAUCUAACUUGGAUCAGGAUUUACCAAACAACAUGCAACGACUGAUUAAGAUUUUUAGUUUGCCUCAAGAAUGGUUGUGGUGUGAUACGUGGUGUUCUAAUGACAGUUUAACUUCGGCGAAGAUGAUUGAUCUUUGUAAUAAUCCACUUACAAAGGAGAACAAGUUUGAUAUUGCAAAGAGAUUGAUACCGGAGUGGAAGGACUACAAUAUUGAGAUACAAAAGUUAUAUGAAGAGGUUGCAAAUACAAGCGAGAUAGUAUAUGAAUCAGGUGACGACGGUAUUCUGACUGGUCAGUAUGUACAGGAAGACGACAACGACGACGACGACGAUUCAGAUUACCACGAUGAGUUGUAAUACUAGAGUAUAUAGAUGUACUGUACAUCCUGCAUAUAAUUUAGUGACUCACAAAAAUUUCACAUGAUAAGCCCAAAAAAAAAUUUAUUGGCCUGAACCGGACAUUUUCCACGAGGGUUCAAAAUUUCCUUUUGUGUUAAGAUAAUUAUUACCAUCGUUCGUAUCGUAUAGUUAAGACAGACAUUUUUUUUUCUGUUGUUCUCG